AUGAGCAUUCCUUGUUUUAAACACGGCACGAGUAUACGAGUUUUUCUCAAAGAAACAGGUGAAAUAUACGAAGGGACUUACUGCGGUGGAAGCGACAAUAGGGUGGAUAUAAACAAUAUUACUGACAACAAAGGACAAAAAUUGGUUGGAGUUUAUUCGUACUAUGAUAGUGAAAUUGAGAAAAUACAAGUUAAAGAAGUUAAGGAGGAAGAAAAGGAACCUGUUGAGGAACCAACGUCAAGUGUGGAUGUGAAAAGAUUAUACACAUUCGACUUUCCAAAUGGGGAAGUAGAUCGUUUGAAAAAUAUUGCCCAAGAGGCUCCCAUUUUUUACAAUACCGGUGAAGAAUUUGAUAGAGCUUUAAAUAUAUUAAAGGAGAGUGAGAAUGUUGGGUUGAUGGCUUUAGGGAUCGAUGAAAAUGUUACCAAAUUACAGUUUUUAGUUAUGGGGACAAGGUAUAAUAUAUUCAUUUUUGAUGCCAUUAAAUACACUAAAAAGAAAUUUCCUGUAGAACUAAAAAAACUACUUGAAUCCGAAGAAAAUGUAAAGGUAAUACACCAAAAAAAUAUACUAGAAAGAAGCUUACAACAAUAUGAAGUAAAACUAAAAAACUACUAUGACAUACAAGAAAGUGAUUCAGAAAUACACCAAAAACAAACGAAAUCUACAGAAAAAAUUAACAGAAACACAUCAGAAAUCCUUCAAGACGUCUUGAACAUACCAGACUCGAUUCUCUAUAAAGCCCUUGAAACAAACAAAAGCGUAAAAAAGUGGGAGGAAAGACCCUUGAGGGACACCAGACGUCUAUCAGCUGCACUACUUUGCACUUUUUUAAUAUCCGGCAAAUAUGGGCUUGAAUAUGAAUCAUACAAAGAUGUUUACAGAAUAACAAGGAAUGUCUAUGAUCAUGUGGCAAAUAUGGACAGUUUGCAAUUCUUAAAAAGUGUCUAUAAGGAAAAUUUUCAAAGGGAUGUCCAAAGGUUUAUUGUGGAAUCUAAAUUAAAUCAAAAAUAA